AUGGGCUGGGAGGGAGGAGACAAGGACAGCGACCGACUAGGAGGAGAUUGCGAGAUGAAGCCGUGGCUGAACUGGUCGGGCUCUCCAUCGGGGCACAAAGGUGGCCUCAUGGACAAAAAGGGUCUCUGCCGCCAUCUCAGGCUGCCACCACCCCCCCUCUCCCAUCGCCAGUACAGGAUGGUGGCCACGGUGGCCGCCGGCAAGGGGAUCGCUGUGAGUCACCCGCCGCCUACACAUGGCUGCUCCUCAUACCUAGGCUCGGGACCGGAGUGUCCCGGGGACUCUCGUGGGGGUGGGACCGGGGGCCCGUUGCAGGCUGAGAAGGUUGCUUUCCUGUCAAAGCCUCAAGGCCUGGUUACUCCCAAGAAAAAAGGGAACGGGAAUAAAAGAAGAAAAGGCAAAGGCCUGGGGAAGAAGAGAGACCCGUGCCUGCGGAAGUACAAGGAUUUCUGUAUUCACGGCGAAUGCAAAUACAUCCGAGAGCUGGGAGCUCCCUCCUGCAUAUGCCAGCCAGGAUAUCAUGGAGAGAGAUGCCACGGCCUCUCGCUGCCUGUGGAGCACCCCCCCAGCGCAUACGACCACACCACGGCACUGGCUGUUGUUGCUGUUGUCCUGUCCUCCCUGUGCCUCCUCAUCAUUGCAGCCCUGCUGAUGCUCAGGUGUCACAAGAGGGGUGUCUACGAUGUAGAAAACGAAGAGAAAAUCAAGCUGGGCAUCACCGUGAAUCACUGAGGAUGCUGGGUGCUGGCGAGG